UUGAUCAUCGUGAUCUUUAUUCCUCUCCUAAUUCAGGUUCUACUCGCUUUCUUCACAUUCUUGGUCUCCUUCUCCUUCCAAAAGGCGCCCACUAUAGAAGAAUUUCUCGCGCAGCCGAUUCCAAAAGAAGCUCAUGGGCUGACCGGUGAAGCACUCGUGAAGUAUGUGAACGAAAAACAACCGUUUUUCAAGGCCGAAUAUAGACCAGAGGUCGCGAAACAUCGUUUGGGAAAUUUGAUGAAGAUGGAGUAUCUUGAACAACACAGAGAGAUUUUCGAUGGGAGGAAGCAAUGGAGUGAUUGCCCAUCUCUAACCUACAUUCGCGACCAGUCGAACUGUGGAUCAUGCUGGGCCGUGUCAGCUGCAGAAACUAUGUCCGAUCGUAUCUGCGUCCAGACCCUGGGCAGAGUAAAGAUGAUCGUUUCGGAUACCGAUAUCCUUUCAUGCUGUGGAAACUUCUGUGGAUAUGGUUGUAAUGGAGGUUAUCCCAUUCGAGCAUGGCAGUACGUCCAGAAUAACGGUGUGUGCACUGGAGGACGGUAUCAGGAGAAGGGCGUUUGCAAGCCGUAUCCUUUCUAUCCAUGCGGACAUCACCAAAAUCAGACAUACUACGGAGAAUGCCCUAAGGACCACCUCUACCGGACGCCGGCUUGCAAGCAGUACUGUCAGUAUGGAUAUGGAAAACGCUAUAGUAAAGAUAAGAUUCGCGCAACUUCGGCGUAUGGUGUCCGCAAUGACGAAACAGCAAUUCGAACGGAAAUCUUCAAUAGAGGCCCAGUACAAGCGUCGUUCGUAGUCUAUGAAGACUUUGCCCACUACAAGAGUGGGAUCUACGUGGCGGCAAAAAGCAAGGGCGGACACGCUGUGAAAAUCAUUGGAUGGGGAGUAGAAAAUGGCACAAAGUACUGGACGAUUGCCAACUCGUGGAAUACCGACUGGGGAGAAGACAACGGUUAUUUCCGUAUGAUACGUGGAGUGAACAAUUGUGGCAUCGAGUCAGAAAUUGUCGCCGGGGAUUUUCGUGCGUGA